GAGAUGACUUAAUCAGAGUACACUGCCAUUCUAAAUACACUCCACCCUCCUUCUUUCUCUCUCUCUCUCUUCUCAACAAUCACGCCAAUACACGCUCAUUGAAUCUGUUUCAGCAUGAAGUCAAAAUCCACUCCCUCUAUCGGUGCAUUCACAUCGAGCCCCUGUAUAUGUGCGCUGCUGCCUCUCUCUCAGCCAUUCCUCCCUAACAUUCCAGAGGAGAUGAGGGAUUGACUGCUAGGAUACAGAGAAAGUGAGGGGAAUAUCUUUUUCAUCUGAAACACGUUGGAUCGAUCUUUCAGAACUUUUUCUUGCUUCAAACGCUUGGCUAAACCUUUUAUUUAGAAACAUUCACAUCUGAUUUUCCUUUUGGGAUUCUGGACUUGAUCGGUGACUAUACAACCCUACAGGAGACACCAGAGCAUUGUUUCUUAUAAAAAAAAGGGCUGUGAAAGCCCUGUCCAAACACAAUGGCCACCAUUUUGCAACUUAACGCCAACAAUCUACAGGUGCCAGGUGACGAUAGAUCAACCUCAACAUCUCCAUCUGGUUCUCCGUCUCCUUCGAGAAAUGAGUGCAGUAUCACCCCUCUAACACCCUCUCCAUCGCCGAGAACCGAGCUAAGACCACGCGUGGCCCAUCCGUUCUCUGUGGUGGUUGCUAUUGAUUUUGGUACCACCUCCAGUGGCUAUGCCUUCAGUUUCACAGAAGAUUCUGAGACCAUUCACAUGAUGAGACGAUGGGAAGGAGGGGACCCAGGUGUAGCAAAUCAGAAGAGUCCAACAUGUCUGCUGUUGACCCCUGAGCUCCGCUUCCACAGUUUUGGCUUUGCAGCUCGAGACAGCUACCAUGAUCUCGAUCCUGAGGAAGCCAGGCAUUGGCUCUACUUUGACAAAUUCAAAAUGAAGAUCCACAGCACCCGUGAUCUCACUAUGGAGACAGAGCUGGAGACUGUUAGUGGAAGAAGAGUUCGAGCCAUUGAAGUGUUUGCUCAUGCUUUGAGGUUCUUCAGAGAACAUGCAUUAAAGGAGGUGAAGGACCAGUCAUCUUCAGUGCUGGAAGGUAAUGAAGUACGAUGGGUCAUCACGGUUCCCGCAGUUUGGAGGCAGCCCGCCAAGCAGUUCAUGCGAGAAGCUGCAUAUCUGGCAGGUCUGGUCACUCCAGAUUGUCCCGAACAGCUUCUCAUAGCACUUGAACCAGAGGCUGCCUCUAUCUACUGCAGGAAGCUUCGUCUACACCAGGUCAUUGACCUCAGUCAACGACCAAUGACUAAUGGUCUAGAUCUGGAUGGGUCCCGCCCUUUCGAUUCUAGUUUCAGACAAGCUCGCGAGCAGCUCCGCAGAGCAAGACAUAGCCGAACAUUUUUGGUAGAGAGUGGUACUGGAGAAUUAUGGUCUGAGAUGCAAACAGGUGAUCGGUACAUGGUGGCAGAUUGUGGUGGCGGGACAGUGGAUCUGACUGUGCAUCAAAUCGAGCAGCCGCAGGGCACUUUGAAGGAGCUUUACAAAGCCUCAGGGGGUCCCUAUGGAGCAGUAGGUGUGGAUCUUGCCUUUGAGGCUAUGUUGUGCCAGAUCUUUGGGUCUGACUUCAUUGAGAGUUUCAAAGCAAAACGUCCUGCAGCUUGGGUGGACCUUAUGAUUGCCUUUGAAGCACGAAAACGCACCGCAGCUCCUGGCCGGGCCAACUGCUUAAACAUAUUGCUGCCCUUCUCCUUUAUUGACUUCUAUAGGAGUCAUCGGGGACAAAGUGUGGAGACCGCCCUGCGGAAAAGCAAUAUGAAUUUUAUAAAAUGGUCAUCCCAAGGGAUGCUGAAACUGUCAGCAGAGGCCAUAAAUGAACUCUUUCAGCCGACCAUUAACAAUAUCAUCAAACAUAUUGAGGACCUGAUGCAGAAGGAAGAAGUAAAGGGCGUGCGCUUUCUCUUCUUAGUCGGUGGAUUCGCAGAGUCGCCCAUGCUUCAACGAGCGGCCCAGAAUGCACUUGGGCAGAAAUGUCGCAUCAUAAUUCCACAUGAUGUGGGUCUAACCAUCCUAAAGGGUGCCGUCUUGUUUGGUCUAGACCCCACCGUAGUCCGUGUACGCCGUUGUCCGCUAACUUACGGCGUUGGGGUUUUAAAUCGUUUCGUGGAAGGCCGACAUCCACGCGAUAAGCUACUCAUCAAAGAUGGCCGAGAAUGGUGCACUGACAUCCUAGAUCGCUUCGUAAGCGUCGAACAGUCGGUGGCUUUGGGUGAGGUGGUGAGACGGAGCUACACUCCGGCAAGAGUGGGACAGAGGAAGAUCAUCAUCAACAUCUACUGCAGCGACACUGAUGAUAUAACCUACAUUACCGACCCGGGGGUGAGGAAGUGUGGCGCUAUAACUCUAGACCUGCUUGAGUCGGGGUCAACGACAGCUUGUGGCGGUGAUGAUGGUAAAGCGGCAGCAUUUGAACGAAGAGAGAUUCGUACCACUAUGCAGUUUGGAGACACUGAAAUCAAAGUGACGGCUGUUGAUGUGGCAACUGGGAAAUUGGUGAGGGCAUCAAUUGACUUCCUGUCCAAUUGAACCCGUUUUGCUGUUUUUGUAGAGGACUGGAAAGAGUGAACGGACGUUUAACACUAGAUUUAUAACGGCUGGUUUAUUAAUUGGAAGGUUAACCUUCCUGUCAUCGUUAGGCAGAGGAUCAGCUUGCUCCACAAGAACUGUCUCUGUAUUAAAUGGACUUUUGAAUUCAGCUACCACAGACAAAAUCUGUAGGCUACUGUGUCUGUAAAACUAAACGGAAACACUUUGACUUAUCAACCUUGUCUAUAACGUUUUAUUUAGGGCUGUCAAAAGAUUAAUCGCAAUUAAUCGCAUACAAAAUAAAAGUUUGUUUGCUUUAUAAUUUGUGUGUAUAAAUACACACAUACAUAAUACAUUUAAGAAACAUGUUAUUUAUGUAUAUGUUUUUUUUAUGUAUAUGUAAUAUAAAAUAUAGAUAAAUAUAAAUAAAAUAGAAUAAAUAAAUAUAUGAAUGUUUCUGAAAUACAUACAUGCAUGUGUUUGUAUGUGUAUAUAUUAUUUUUUAUGCGGUUAAUUGCAAUUUAUCUUUUAAAAGCCCUAUCUUUAAACUUACAUCAUGGCCAACAUAAACCAAACCCAGUUCUGUAUCCGGAUAAUCCUGCCAAUCUAAGCGUCCAUAUAGUUUUAACUAAACCUGCUCUAUUAGGUAGGUAGAAGUUAGAAAAGUAAUUGUGUUACCCCCAAAAGCGUGUUAACGUGUCAAAGCAAUACAAAUAAAAUACCAUCAUCAUGUUUCUCCCUUUAAACGUUUUCCUUUACCUGGUAGACAUUAUUUCCAGUAUGUUCGCUAUAGUCUUAAAUGAGACACUGGCAAUUUAUUCCAUGCAUGCAUUCACACGUACAUUAAAAAAAAACUUGUUACCAAAAACCAAAAUACAGGUACAGUAAGGAACAGGUAUUUAAAUUGAUAUAUCAAAUGUAAACGUUAUAUUCUAAAAGAUUUGUCGUUAGAAAAUGUAAAGGGUGACAAGACAGACUUUUGCGCCACCUGGUGUUCAAAUGAGGAAGUGAAUAUUGGGAACGCAGUGAAUUUUUUAUUCAUUCAUUUUUUUUCUAGAUAUGUAGGUGACAUAUAGUUACGGGACGACAUAGUUUUAUAAAAAAAAUCUUUUUUUAAAUCCCCGUUUUAAACAGUUUCAUGAAAGUCGUCUUUUAUUUUUUUUCGUGAUCUUCCCGCGCAUUAUACUACAGCUCGCGCUUAAUGAAAAAAAACCCUUACAACGUUAAUUAUUUUGAGUCUAAACCUAUUUUUACAGUCUAUGGUCUACAAGUCUGUCCGUUUUGAUAAUUUAGUUUUUUAAAGACUUUUCCAAUUCCAAGUGAAGACAAGACGACAUGUUUCACUCAACAUUUCAAACUUCACUUAAUCAUCCUUCAAUCGGUUUUGUAAAGGAGGUAACGUUACAGGAGGUAAGAAACAAAAGAAAGUUGUAUUUCCCCGAAAUUUUAUAAACUCAUGAAACAGAAAUUCAUUUUUGUUUAGAGAUUCUAUUAUCCACAUGGUAAUCUCGAUAUUAGGGUAAAAUUGUAGUUUUUCCACAAUGUUUUUGUUUUGCAGCUGUUAAACCAGUUUACUGGUAAUAAUGAUACUGUUUAUAUAUGAAUCCAUAUGGCUGAAAAUAAAGUUAUUUUUUCUUU